AUGCCCUUUGGUACUUUCAAGACAAAGGAGGCCAGAGGCCCCAUCCCUCUCUGCUCUCCGCCCUACCCAGCUGGCCUGGAUGAAUUCACCGAUGUCCAGAUUCUUUCCGUCAGAUAUCACACGACAUACAAUGCCGUCAAGGACAUGAUCCCUGAAGAAUGCGAGCUGGAAGAUGAACCGCUUGUUACGCUCACCCUCUUCAACUACGGAAUGGGUCCCAUUGGCGCAUACAACGAGUUUGUCUGUCAGGUCGAGGUCAAAUGGGAGGGCAGGAAGUUACCCUUCUCGAUCGAGCUCAUCCUCAACAACGAAGGCGCCAUAUAUGCCGGAAGGGAGCGCUGGGGCAUCCCCAAGGUUAUGGGCAACGUUGAGUGGGAUCCCUCCAAGGCCAAUUCAGCGCCCAACGGUAUCAUCACGGGCCAUGUUGAGCGUCCCGCCGGAUGCAAGCUCGUCCAGUUUGGGUUCAAGCCGCAGAAGAAAGUUCAAGACUGGGGUGCUCUGAGCGGCAUGAUGCGCGAGAGCCUUCACUUCCGCUCGAUCCCUGCGGCGAAUAGUCAUGAUCCCCCGAUUCUCCGGGAAUUCAUUCCUACCGCCUUUGAGGUUACACACGCUGAGGUUUGGGCAGGUGAGGGGUCCAUUGGUCUCUUCAAUGUUUCAGAAUUUGAUCCGGUUCAUCGACUCAAGGUCGUGCGAUAUGCUGGCGCAACUAUGUGCAGAAAUGCCAGAGGUGUUCUGCAUCCAAUCUCAAAGACCUUCCCUGUCUGA